AUGUUUAGUAGGAUUUGUGGAAGAGUUUUAAAAAAUUCAAGCCUUUUUAAGUAAGGCACAAAUAGUGAAAAAACUACUACACUAAAUUUCUAACUUAAGAGUUGGUUUGCGCGUAAAGCUAGUCCAAAAUUUGGAUAAAAUGCUAAAAAAAGCGAUGAAUAAGAUUAAACUAAAGGUUAAAAUAAUGAAAAACCAAAUAGAAUUUUAACCAGAAAAGAGUAAAUUAAUUUAUUAACAGAAAUAAGCACACGAGAUAAAGAGCUAACAAAAGAUGAAAUAAAAAGUUUGAUGUAGCAAGAUUAGAGAGAUAGAGAUAUGUCGGUUAAUAUUAUAAAUGAAGCAAGUUUUAGUGAAUAUGAUAAGCACUUAGAUAAGAUGAUAGAAAAGAGAAUAGAAGAAGGUAAAAGUGCAAAUGAUAUAGUUAAAGAAAUUCUAGGUCUACAAAAAACUUAAAAGACAAUUGGAUUCAGUUAAGAAUAUCAAGAUUAAAUAAAUUAAGCAAAAGAAGAAUCUAAAAACUACAACAUAUUUUAAUCCGAUAAAGGUUUUCAAAAGUAAGCAUCAAGUUAUGAGCAAUUCUAUGAUAUUUUAUAAGAAAAUUAAGACAAAGUAGAAAAGUUAUCUUUAACUGAACUACCAUUCAAAGAAUAAUUCAAAUUGAAUCGUAAAUUAACUGAAUCUGAAAAAUUUGAGAUUCAUUCUAAGGCUGCUGCUGUAGGUAAUUAUGUAUCUAACCCAUUUGCUGAUAGAAAGAAUAUUCCAAAGGAAAUGCUUGAAUUUAGGGUUUUUGAAUAAGGAAAUCCUGAUAGACUUACUUAUACUUAAAAGCGUGAUUUAUUAGCAGAAGUUUAAGAAUCAGCUAUUGAUAGAUAUGAAGAGUAGAAAUUAGAAAAAAUAAAGAAAAAGACAAUUCUAGCUCAGAAGUUGCAUGCAGCUGAGAUAGAUUAAAAAGAAGAUAAAAGAUUUAGAGAUCUUGUAGAAGUUGAUUCAAAGAAUACAGAAUUGCAAGUUGAAGCUCCUACAGAUAAAGAAAAGAGAUAGUUAAAAAGAGAUUUCGCUGAUCCUAGAAGAAAUAGUUUCCUUGUAUAAGAAAAAAAAUUAGAAAACAGUUUAUAAAAGCUUGGUAUUAAUAAAUAUGAUCCUGAAGAUGCUGAAGAUUAUGAAGUCAUGGCUGAUAUCAGUAAGGAGGAUUUGUUUAUUUAAAAGAAGCUUUCAGAAGAAAAUGCAGAGUUUAAGAAGAAAGUAGAAAGACGUAAGAGAAUUUAAGAGGUUAGAAAGUUUGAAUAAAAAUUGAAUGAAGUUUAAUUCAAAGAUGUUGACUAUACAGAUCCAUCACAAAACUUCAAGGGUUAGAAUGUUCCUUAACACUCAAUCUACACAGAUAUACCUGAUUUGCAAAAAUUAAAAGAAUUAGCUUAAAAGUACAACGAAAUGCAAGUAUAAGACUCAAGAUGGGAUAUCCAUAAAAAGAGGAGUAUGAAGCAACUUUCUUAAUAUAUUAGAGGCUAGCUAACUGGAAAUAAAGGAAAUUUAGAGAGUGUAACACUUUUUAAACCUAUUUAAGUUGAUAAAAUUAGCUGCAAUGAAGCUAUGACUGUAAUUUAUGUCUUUUGGUAACUUUUAUAAGAAGAAAAUAGUUUUGAUCAGGCUGUUAGAUAGUUAAGUUUGGAAUAAUAAGCACUUUAUAAAUACAAGAGUAUGGUUAAUAGAAUUCAUACUGAAAAACAGUUAGAAUAUAAGUAGAAAAUGGAAGAAAAGAUUAAUGUUAGAUUGAAUAAGUUUGCUAAAUAUUUUUCUGGCAUGAUAUGCAGAGAUUUAGGAUUUAAGUAUGGCCCUGAGGUAAGAUUUGCAAUUAGCACCAAAGAAGAAAAGUAAGCAGAACUUAAAAAAGAAAUAUCAGAUGUCAUUCCUGAAAUAAUGAAAAAGAAGUUAUUUGAAAAGUUUGAAAAAGGAGAAAUUGAUUCGAAAGUUCAUAAAGGUAAAUUAGCUCUAGACAUUGACUAAGCUGUUAUAGAUUUGGAGUCAAAGCUGGAAGAAAGAAUGCAAUCAGAUUAAACGCUAAUUGCUUAAGUCAAGGCUCGUCAAAAAUUAUAGAAAGACGAGCAACAAAAGAAAUUAACAAAAGAACAAAGAAAAUAAAUUAGAAAUAAAAACAACAAAGACGAAUUUGGAAAGAAAAAGAAGAAAAAAAGAGAAAACAAACAGAAGAAAUUUUGGGAUUCAUUAGAUGCCUAUUGA